GAGCGCGGCCGGAGUCCAUUAGCAUACAUUAGCAUGCCCCGCCCCGCCGCCGGGAGGCGGCGCGCGGGGCUCGGCCGGGCCGGGAGCGGCGCGCAGCAGAGCGGGGCGCUCAGGCGCAGGGGUGCAGGGACGCAGAGCGGCGGAGCGGGGCGCGGCGGCGCGGGGAGCCGGACGCAGGGGCGCGGGAGCGCGGGGACCCCCACAGCCGCGCCGACCGCCCCGCGAGCGUGAUGGGGCGCCGCGCCGCCCCCGGGCCCGGCCCGCCGCCCCCCCGGCCCCGGCUCCCGCCGCUGCCGCUGCUGCUGCUCGCGCUGGCGGCCCGCGGGGGCUGUGGCGCGCCCGCGCCCCGCGCGGAGGACCUCAGCCUGGGAGUGGAGUGGCUGAGCAGAUUUGGCUACCUGCCCCCAGCCGACCCCACAACAGGCCAGCUGCAGACACAGGAGGAGCUGUCCAAGGCCAUCGCCGCCAUGCAGCGGUUCGGGGGCCUGGAGGCCACCGGCAUCCUAGGUCGGUCCUCUAGGGGCACGGGGGACGGGCGCUCCGGGAGCCUGGUUUCCCCUAACUCCCCCCCCCCACCACUCCGGGCCCUCUGUGGGGGUGUGGUUAGGGACGGGUCCCCGCUGUCUCUGGGGGCAGGACCAAGGAUUCUUGCCAUGUGGGACCCUGCCAGCACGCCCCACCCCUGGAUCUGUCCCCGGGCCUCUGCAGAGGUGGGCACGCCCGUGUCACCACAGAGCCGGUCGGGUGUGGGUCCCGCGAUACCGGACGCAGAUCGGUGCCCGCCUGGCCAGGGCCCCGCCAGUGGCCGGCCUGACCGGUCCAGGCCCUGCCGUAGUUCACACGUGCUCCGAGUGACCCCUGUCCUGGUCCUGCACACACGCCUGGCACUCUCCGCGGGGGACGCCCACUUCGAUGACGAUGAGUCCUGGGCCUUCCGCUCCCCAGACACCCACGAUAUGGACCUGUUCGCGGUGGCCGUCCAUGAGUUUGGCCACGCCAUUGGGCUGAGCCACGUGGCAGCCACGAGCUCCAUCAUGCAGCCGUACUACCAGGGCCCCGUGGGCGACCCUCUACACUACAGGCUCCCCUACGAGGACAGGGUGCGCAUCUGGCAGCUGUACGGUGUGCGGGAGUCCGUGUCCCCCACGGCACAGCCGGACACCCCAGAGCCCGAGGAGCCUCCCCUCCCGCCAGAGCCCCCCAACAACCGGUCCGGCACCCCACCCAGGAAGGACGUGCCUCUCCGCUGCAGCACUGACUUUGACGCGGUGGCCCAGAUCCGCGGCGAGGCCUUUUUCUUCAAAGGCAGGUACUUCUGGCGGCUGACCCGGGACGGGCACCUGGUGUCGCUGCAGCCCGCGCAGAUGCACCGAUUCUGGCGGGGCCUCCCGCUGCACCUGGACGGCGUGGACGCCGUGUUCGAGCGCACCAGCGACCACAAGAUCGUCUUCUUCAAAGGAGACAGAUACUGGGUAUUUAAGGACAAUAACGUAGAGGAAGGAUACCCGCGGCCCGUCUCAGACUUCGGCCUCCCGCCGGGCGGCGUCGACGCUGCCUUCUCCUGGGCCCACAAUGACAAGACUUAUUUCUUUAAGGACCAGCUGUACUGGCGCUUUGAUGAGCACACACGGCGCAUGGACCCCGGCCACCCCGCCCGGAGCCCCCCGUGGAGGGGCAUCCCCAGCACGCUCGACGACGCCAUGCGCUGGUCCGACGGUGCUGCCUACUUCUUCCGUGGCAAGGAGUACUGGAAGGUAGUGGAAGGCGAGCUGGAGGCGGCACCCGGGUACCCGCGGUCCACAGCGCAGGACUGGCUGGUCUGCACAGACCCACAGGAGGACCCGGAGGGCGAGGAGGGAGAGGCCGGGGCCCGCGCCCGGCCAGGACAGCGCGGCCAGAGCCGCUCAGAGGACGGCUUCGAGGUCUGCUCCUGCACCUCCCCCGCCUCCCCUCCCCCGGGGGCCUCGGGCCCGCUGCUGGCGGCCACGCUCCUGCUGCCCCUGAUUGCGCUGUGGUCGAUGGCCCCCGGCACUCUGACAGCCGCCGGCCUGUGGUGACAGGGCCGAUGGGUCGCAGUGGGCCUCAGGGCAAGGACCAGCGCCCCCACGCCUCCGGUGCCCGGACCCACAGUUCCUCAGUGGCCCCGGCCUUGCAGAUCCGGACGCACUGCCGGCCCUGAGCAGCGGCCUGGCCGUGCCCCUGCGGACUGGCAGGAGGCCAGCAGAGGGCGCCGCCCCCGGGCGGCUCAGCCGCAGAAGAGCAGAAAAGCAACCUACCACCUGUCCUUCCUUUUCUGCCACGAAGUGGCCUGACUGCCGUCUGUGAGUUGGGGACACUCUGUCAAGGCCCGGCUGGGGACAGGAAGCAUCCCUGCGGCGAGCAGGCAGCUGGAUCGCACAGAACUCAGCUGAUGAGCCAGGGGACGCAGGGCUGGGGACGGGAGGGCAUUCGGUGGCCACGCUGCCCCGAGCCCCACCGGCCAGCACAACCAGCCCCGUCUGUCGUCCAUACUGCUGCCCCUGGUGCUCCCGCCCACGGGGGCUUUUGUCCCCAGUCCCCGCGGGCCUGCAGCCGGCUGCACAGGGAAGCAAAGGAGUCCCCCAAACUGGGGUCUCUCGAUCCAUUUCAAACAAACACGACCUUUCCCUGCUCCGUAA